UAUACGUAUAAUUUAUACGUAGAAAAUAAGAAAAUAAAAAAAAAUGCAGUCGAAAUUCGAUCCGUACGAGCACCUCAACGUGGCCCUAAACAAGGACGGUACACUCACGCGCCACCGCAAGCUCCCCCAAUCGCCGGCGACCGGCGAGUCCGCCGUCGGCCACGCCGUCCUCAGCAAAGACGUCACCCUCAACGCCGACAAGAAAACGUGGAUGCGAAUCUACCGCCCCGCCAAGCUGCAGGUCCCGGGACCCAAGCUCCCGAUCAUAAUCUACUUCCACCCCGGGAGCUGGAUCCAGAUGAGCAUCGCCGACACGCUCCUCCACGACAACUGCAACCGCAUCUCCGCCGAGGUCUCCGCCGUCCUCGUCGCCGUCGAAUUCCGCCUCGCGCCGGAGCACCGUCUCCCGGCGCAGUACGACGACGCGCUCGACGCCGUCGCCUGGGUCCGGGACCAGGCCGGCGCCGGCGCCGGCGAUAAGUGGAUCAAAGAUAUCGGCGACGUGCGGCGGUGCUACCUCUACGGCGUCAGCUGCGGCGCCAACAUUGCCUACAACGCCGCCCUGCGGUUGGCGGAGAUGCGGCCGCCGGCGGUGAGGCUGGCGGGAACGAUUUUGAACCAGCCGUUUUUUGGCGGGAAGAAGAGGACGAAGAGCGAGUUGAAAUUGGCGGCGGACCCGUUUUUUCCGCUGCCGGUUCAGGAUCUGUUCUGGGAGCUGGCGCUGCCGGUCGGGGCGGACCGGGACCACCGGUUCUGCAACCCGUUUGUGGAGGCGGCGGGUAGGGAGAAGGUUCGGAACCUGGGCCGGUGUUUGGUGAUCGGGUUCGGCGGCGACCCGCUGAUAGACCGGCAGCAGGAAUUCGUGCAGAAGCUGGUGGAGAGAGGGGUGCAGGUGGAGGGGCGUUUUGAUGACGUGGGCUUUCAUGGGAUUGAUAUGACGCAGAAUAAGUGGGCCAAUGCUAUUCUUAAUUUAAUCAAAGAGUUCGUUUGA